GGGAGGCAGACAGACAUACACUUUAGAUAAGGACAAUUAGUCACCAGUGAGACCCUGUAGGAAGAGAGGUUUAAAUCAGAGGGAUUUAAUGAGGGUGCUCUGUGCCUUCCCUGAAGCCAUGCCCUCCAGCAACUCCCGCCCCCCUGCGUGCCUAGCCCCGGUGGCUCUCUUGGCUCUGUUGCUCCAUCUCUCCCUUUCCUCCCAAGUUGGAGACAGGAGACCCUUGCCUGUAGACAGAGCUCCAGGUUUGAAGGAAAAGACUCUGAUUCUACUUGAUGUGAGCACCAAGAACCCAGUCAGGACAGUCAAUGAGAACUUCCUCUCUCUGCAGCUGGAUCCGUCCAUCAUUCAUGAUGGCUGGCUCGAUUUCUUAAGCUCCAAGCGUCUGGUGACCCUGGCUCGGGGACUUUCGCCCGCCUUUCUUCGCUUCGGGGGCAAAAGGACCGACUUCCUGCAGUUCCAGAACCUGAGGAACCCGGCGAAAAGCCGCGGGGGCCCCGGUCCGGAUUACUAUCUCAAAAACUAUGAGGAUGACAUUGUUCGAAGUGAUGUUGCCCUGGAUAAACAGAAAGGCUGCAAGAUUGCUCAGCACCCUGAUGUUAUGCUGGAGCUCCAGCGGGAGAAGGCAGCUCAGAUGCAUCUUGUCCUUCUAAAGGAACAAUUCUCUAAUACUUACAGUAAUCUCGUAUUAACAGCCAGGUCUCUAGACAAACUUUAUAACUUUGCUGAUUGCUCUGGACUCCACCUGAUAUUUGCUCUAAAUGCACUGCGUCGUAAUCCCAAUAACUCCUGGAACAGUUCUAGUGCCCUGAGUCUGUUGAAGUACAGUGCCAGCAAAAAGUACAACAUUUCUUGGGAACUGGGAAAUGAGCCAAAUAACUAUCGAACCAUGCAUGGCCGGGCGGUAAAUGGCAGCCAGUUGGGAAAGGAUUACAUCCAGCUGAAGAGCCUGUUGCAACCCAUCCGGAUUUACUCCAGAGCCAGCUUGUAUGGCCCUAAUAUUGGGCGGCCCAGGAAGAACGUCAUUGCCCUACUAGAUGGAUUCAUGAAGGUGGCAGGAAGCACGGUGGAUGCAGUUACCUGGCAACAUUGCUACAUUGAUGGCCGGGUGGUCAAGGUGAUGGACUUCCUGAAAACUCGCCUGUUAGACACACUCUCUGACCAAAUUAGGAAAAUUCAGAAAGUGGUUAAUACAUACACCCCAGGAAAGAAGAUUUGGCUUGAAGGUGUGGUGACCACCUCAGCUGGAGGCACAAACAAUCUGUCAGAUUCCUAUGCUGCAGGAUUCCUGUGGUUGAACACUUUAGGAAUGCUGGCCAAUCAGGGCAUUGAUGUUGUGAUACGACACUCAUUUUUUGACCAUGGAUAUAAUCACCUCGUGGACCAGAAUUUCAACCCAUUACCAGACUACUGGCUCUCUCUUCUUUACAAGCGCCUGAUCGGCCCCAAAGUCUUGGCUGUGCAUGUGGCCGGGCUUCAACGGAAGCCACGGCCAGGCCGAGUGAUCCGGGACAAACUAAGGAUUUAUGCUCACUGCACAAAUCACCACAACCACAACUAUGUUCGAGGGUCCAUUACACUUUUUAUCAUCAACCUGCACCGAUCAAGAAAGAAAAUCAAACUGGCUGGGACUCUCAGGGACAAGCUCGUGCACCAGUAUCUGCUGCAGCCCUAUGGACAGGAGGGGCUCAAGUCCAAGUCAGUGCAGCUGAACGGCCAGCCCUUAGUGAUGGUGGACGAUGGGACCCUCCCAGAACUGAAGCCCCGCCCCCUGCGGGCCGGCCGGACACUGGUCAUCCCUCCAGUCACCAUGGGCUUUUAUGUGGUCAAGAAUGUCAACGCUUUGGCCUGCCGCUACCGAUAAACCACCCUCACACCCGCGAGUCACCAGCAGGCCUGCUGGACUGCUUUCCACUCUCCCGUCCUAAUAGUAUCCUGAUUUUUCAAACAUCUUCUUAGCAACAAACCAGUCUCUGCUGCUCCAUCCUGCUGGAAUCAGCACAGACUUGCUCUCCAAAGAGACAAAUGCCAUAGCAUGAGCUUCCCCUAGGUAGGCCACAUCAACCCCCAAGAAAAAUGUAGACGUCGCCUGUACCUGUAUAAGGAUGAAGAGAAGUGUGUGCAGCCGUAUGUACCCGUGCGCGCACCAAGGAAAGAAGCUGGCAGCGCGCUCCCGGACAGAUGGAACAGCUCUCCAUGAUCCGGGUCACGUCUCAAUGUAACUGUGGACCUUAGCCUGUGGCCGCUGCCCUCGGCACAAGAUGAGGAAGGAGACCACCAGGUGGGCCUUCAGGAGCCCAGCCCUCUUCUAACUCCUCUCCUUGUCUGUUCCCUGCUGUUGCCCCGGGUUUCCUAUCACCUCUCUUCCCACAGGGGAGCGAGUGGGUGGGUCGGUGCUGGCCUGCUGGGUGAACUGUUUAUGUCAUUUCCUGGCUGAUGUAUGAGUGUGCGCAUCUGGGUUUCUGACAAUGGCAUCAAUCACUGGCUAUUCCUCCGGGAAACGGGUGCUUUCAAAGUAAAAUUGCAAUCAUACUCCA